GACCUGCCAAAACAGACAGGAACUGAUUCACUGCAGACAAAAAGAUGCGGCUGCUGCAGUCCUGAUAGAUGAAGCAAUUUCGGCUUUUACUAUUUCACUAUUUUAUUUAGCCUAGCAGGAGGAGUAGGCUAGCUAGCUUACAUAUCAGGCUACCAUUUUUUUAAAGAAAGAAUUGUCUACGUAAAGUAUUGCUUGGCAAUAUAACGUUACAUAAUAGAGAGACAAUGACAUGACGAGGAGAUAAAAAAAAAAAAAACCUGGCUUUGUUACACGAGAAGGCUGCUUUCCCAACCUCUCUAGUCAACUGCCGGUGGCCUGCUGUAGCCAUGACGAUGCCCCAUUCCCAGCGUUGUUUGGGUCCAAAAGUUUACCCAGAGGUGCCCGAUGGCGGCUGGGGCUGGGCUGUGGCCAUGGCCUUCUUCUUCGUGGAGGUCUGCACCUAUGGGACCCUCAAGAGCCUGGGGGUCUUCCUCCAGGAUCUGAUGGAAGAGUUUGGGGAGAGCAACAGCAGAGUGUCCUGGGUUAUUUCCAUCUGUGUCUUCAUCUUUACCUUCACUGCCCCCCUGUCCACGAUGCUGAGCAACCGCUUCGGCUGCCGCCGCGUGGUGAUGGUGGGGGGCUUCCUCAUCAGCCUGGGAACCAUCAGCUCCGCCUUCACCAACUCCAUCAACGAGAUGUACAUCACCAUCGGUGUUGUCUCAGGCCUCGGCUACUGCUUCAGCUUCCUUCCCACCGUCACCCUCCUCGCCCAGUACUUCUCCAGACGCCGGGCCCUCGUUACCUCUGUCGCUUCCUCCGGGGAAUCCUUCGCCGUAUUCGCAUUUGCUCCAGCUUUCACUACACUGAAGGAACACAUUGGCUGGCGCUACUGUCUGGUCAUCCUCGGCACCAUACAGGCUUCUGUGAUUGGCUGUGGGCUUCUCCUGCGUCCAAUCAUCAUCGAGCCAGAGCCUGCGAAGGAGGACAGUGAAUCAGACCAAGAGUCUCUCUCGCUGAAUCAGCUGCAGACUGCUUACGAGCUGGAGAACGAGCAAACCAGGACCUCCAUCAGCUCAGGGGUCUCCCAGGGUUCAGGGGACUCGGGUGUCAACUCCCUCUCUACUUCAGACGGAGACCUGAGGACUGCAGGAGAUGAAAGCAAGGCUCUGAAGGAGUGGGAGGUGCAGGACCAAGAGGGCAGGGAGCCGUCUCGGUCCACACCUCCCACCCCAGGCAAGGAGAUGGAUGAGGCAGGUCCUCUCCAUCCUUCCAGGCCCAAACUUCUGGACUUCUCUGUGCUUAAAGACAGGGCCUUUAUCUUUUACUCCCUGUUCGGCUUGUUUGCCACACUGGGCUUCUUCGCCCCGCAGCUCUACAUCAUCGAGCUGAGCAAGAGCCGGGGCGUGGAGCCCAGCAUGGCCUCCUACAUGCUCUCUGUGAUGGCCGUGGCCGAGAUCUUCGGCCGCCUGUCCAUCGGGCUGGUGUUGAACAGAGUCCGGUGCAGGAAGACCUCGGUGCUGCUGGGCUGUGUGGUUCUGCUGUGCCUGGUGCUGGUGGCCUUCACAAUAGUGUGGGAGUUCUGGGGCCUGGUGGUCUGCUGCGCCCUCUAUGGCUACUUCAUGGGCACCGUAGGCUCCACUCACAUCCCCAUGCUGGCGGAGGAGGACGUGGUGGGCAUCCAGAAGAUGGCUUCGUCUGUGGGAGUGUAUGUCUUCAUCCAGAGCUUUGCUGGGCUGGCAGGGCCACCCCUUGGAGGUGUGUUGGUGGAUGUCACCAAGAACUACGGCGCUGCCUUCUACUCCUGUGCGGCGGGCAUGGGCCUCAGCGCCAUUUGCCUGGCUCUGGUCGGCCCCGCCAAGUCUGGCAUGUGCCAAAGACGGAGCAGAAACCAAGAGAAAGGCAGGAGCAUAGAAGAAGAAGAAGAAGAGGAGAAAAUGUCUCAGGACAGCGGCCAGGCUGACUUUUUGGAGGUGGACUUGGCCCUGGAGUACAGUCCGGUCAGACAGGUUGCGGAUCAGGACAACGCCUCUGUAAUAGGAAACUGACUACAGCACGUAGUACCGGCGUUUUCUCUGCAGCCCAAGCCCGAUUUUACCGGUGUGUCCUGCUGCUUUCACGUUCUGUAAUCCUCCCAGAAAGCUGCUCGAGAUCCUGAAAGCCUGUUCUUGACCAGGUACCAUCCCCUCCGACUAACGCACACAGGGAAGCAAAAAAAAAACAUCUUCUCUGACAAGCUACCGGUUAGCCAUUCUGUUCCCUAAAGAACCACUCCACGUUAAGUUGGAUUAUUUCUACCAGUGGUUUGGUUUAUGACAGUAUGACUGCUGCUGGGCGCCGAGGGGUUUAAUCCACACUGUUCAAGGUGGCCGCAGCUUCCAUCUUCUUUAAAAGAAAUGCCAACUUCUGCCAACUACGAGCAAAUGACCACAACAGUACUUGGCAAGUAGCCAAUUAAAUUGCAGCGGGGCAACAGGCAAUCGGUCUCACUUGGCAUUAGAUCUGUGCUGAUCCACUUUGAUUGCCAAAGGCUUUGUGUGUGUGUGUGUGUAAAAUUCUGUUUUCCUGCACACUGGGCACAUGACACUGUGAGCGUGGGGGCUAUCCCCACAUAGUGGCCCCUCGAGCCAAACACUUGUAACACCAUUUUAAAACUUAGACUCGAGAAUAAUGUUACAUACCAGCAGCAACCACAGAUGUUUUAUGUCAUGCAUUAAUCCAGAAUUAUAUUCAUUUCUAAAUUCUCAGUACAACUUCAACCACACUUUUUUUCUGCUGCCAACAGGUGGGGCUUUGCCCCACUUGACCCAGAUGACCAGUCGCCUCAAAGUAUGUGUGUAUGCAAAGGUGUGAAGGACAGAUUUAACAGGAAAGAAACUCCACAUGAAGCGGAGUCCCCCCCUGCAGCCUCAGAUCAUCUCCACACCCAUCACAACACGACUUGAAGUUUACUUCACAAACCUUUCCUUGAUCACUGUAUAACCUUUAUUUAAACUGAUAAUGAAAAUAUGAUGCAACUUUUUUUAAUACAACCUUUUCAGUUUUUUUAUUGAAUUGAGUACCAGGCGGGCUCCUGUCUGUUAAGUUCUGUAGUGCUUUCAUUAUGUAUUUUUUUUUAAAUAAAAUCUCCUCCAAACUCA